AUGACAAAUACUCGCUCUCCUGUACCUGUAAGCUUCCUCGAUGGCGGCCUCGGCACAUCCCUGGAGCAAAACUACAGCAUCGCUUUUGGCCCCGACACCCCCCUCUGGUCCUCCCAUCUCCUCAUCUCGGACCCGUCAACCCUGCUGCGCUGCCAAAAGGACUUUGGAGACGUCCCCGUCGACAUGAUCCUCACAGCAACUUACCAGGUCUCGCUGCACGGCUUCGCAGGCACCAAAACCGCCGAGUUUUCAGAUGGCAUCGCGCCGGAGCAGGUGCCUCGCUUCCUCGAGACAGCUGUGCACAUCGCAGAACAGGCGAAACAGCCCAGCAGCGCCGUUGCACUAAGCAUUGGCCCUUAUGGUGCUUGCAUGAUCCCGAGCCAGGAGUAUAGUGGCAAAUACGAUGCUGCCUACGAUUCGGGAGACGCUCUGUUCGCCUGGCAUCGUGAGAGGAUGGAGGUCUUCGCCAGUAUCAAGGAUGUCAGACAGCGAGUCCGGUACAUCGCCCUCGAGACCGUCCCUCGCCUCGACGAGGUCAUCGCCAUGCGCCGCGCCAUGAGUGCCGUUCCAGGCCUCUCAUCGGGUGUUCCGUUUUGGAUCUCGUGUCUGUUCCCUAAUGAAGACGAAAAAAUCCCGGAUGGAAGCUCUCCUGAGGCUGUCAUCCGGGCAAUGCUUGACCCAUCCAUCGCACCGGCCGUUCCGUGGGGCGUGGGCAUCAACUGCACGAAAGUGUGGAAGCUCGAGUCCUUGCUGCGUCGGUAUGAAGCUGGGGUUAGUCAAUUGCUGCAGGAGGGCCUUGUUGAAAAGUGGCCUGCAUUGGUGCUAUACCCAGAUGGAACAAAUGGCGAAGUGUAUAAUACAACAACCAAGACGUGGGAACUACCUCAAGGGACUGAACAGAAAGACAGGAUCCCGUGGGAGACGCAGCUCGCAGAAGUUAUACGGGCUGCAGAAGCAAGAGGCAAAUGGUCUCACAUCAUCGUAGGCGGGUGCUGCAGGGCUCGUCCAAGCGAUAUCCAAAAACUUCGCAGCUGUCUAACUACUUGA